AUGUCACUACCUGCGCCCGCUUCCUCGAGCAGGACGCAGUCUCGAGCUCGUCGACGCCCCGGCACCCCGACCCUUAGCAAACGCGAUCUCACAGGAACUGUCGGUCAAGCAUCAUGGAUCAGCAGCGUAGUCAAUCUCCUCAACACAAUCGUGGGCGCUGGAGUCCUCGCCAUGCCCGGCGCCUUGUCACAUAUGGGGAUCUUGCUGGGAACAAUUGUGAUACUGUGGGCUGGUGUCACUGCUGGGUUUGGCCUCUACCUGCAGACUCGCUGCGCCGCGUACCUGGAUCGAGGAUCCUCGAGUUUUUUCGCCCUGUCUCAAAUCACAUACCCCAACGCCGCGGUCAUCUUUGAUGCUGCCAUCGCCGUCAAAUGCUUUGGGGUGGGAGUCAGCUAUCUCAUCAUCAUUGGCGACCUCAUGCCCGGGGUGGUGCGAGGGUUUGCUCGUGAAGAGGACCUGGGGAAAUUCAUGUUCGAUCGUCACUUUUGGGUGACGGCUUUCAUGCUGGUUGUCAUUCCAUUCUCCUUCCUACGUCGACUCGACUCGUUGAAAUACACUUCGGUCAUCGCCCUGAUAUCGAUUGGCUACCUGGUCAUCUUGGUCGUCUACCACUUUCUCGCACACGACACGUUGCCCGAUGGGCACUAUAAGACUCCGCUGCGGGUAAUCACCUGGGCUGGUGCUGUACCGGCUCUUUCUUCUUUCCCCGUCAUUGUGUUCGCCUAUACCUGUCAUCAAAACAUGUUCAGCAUCCUCAAUGAGAUCAACGACAAUUCUCAUUUCCGCACCAGCGCUGUGGUAUUUGCGUCCAACGGCACGGCGGCCGCCAUCUAUGUUUUAGUUGCGAUUACCGGUUACUUGUCAUUUGGGAACGAAAUCGGAGGGAAUAUUGUGGCACAGUACGCGCCCUCGGUGUCGACAACGAUCGGUCAAGCCAUGAUUGUGGUUCUUGUCAUGUUUUCCUAUCCUCUGCAAGUUCACCCUUGCCGUGCCAGUGUCGACGCCGUUCUCAAAUGGCGUCCAUCCGACAAACUCAAGGCGAGACUCCGUUCCACCCCUGCGACGCCCAGCUCGCUUGAUUCCAGCCCUGCGCGUGACGUGCCUCUGUUGCAACCUGGCAGGAGACGAAACGCGGAGAUGGGAGAGGCUCGAUUCGCCGCUAUCACCACUGCGAUCAUCAUCCUCAGCUACAUCGUUGCCAUGACGGUUUCCAGCCUCGAGACUGUCCUGGCGUACGUCGGAUCCACAGGAAGCACGUCCAUUUCCUUCAUCUUGCCAGGCUUGUUCUACUAUAAGAUAUCGUCGCCUGAUUCACCUCUGCAUCAAAAACUCGUGAAGGAAGAAGACGAUUACGACUGGCCAGGGGACGAGGGUGAAAGCGUCAAAUCUGACGACGACGCCGUCAAUGAUGAACACCCGAGCCACGAAGGGCAGAACUUGCUGAGUAAUUCGGGGUUUCUGAGCCUAAGUGGCGUGAGCUUGCUGAAACGGACGAGAAAUUUCCGCCGGAAACUGCUUCGCAAGCUGAGCCUCGCAUUGGCCAUCUACGGUGUAUGUGUCAUGGUGGUUUGUUUGAUCACAAACACCUUUUUUAUUGUCGGGCACUAA